UUUAGACUACUUUAGAGGUUAGCUGAAUGCCUAAUGCUUAACUUAGCGUUCUUACUUAAUCAUAAUAGUAAAAACUUAAUGCGUUAUUAUCAUUAUUCUUUUAUAUUUUAAGAUUUUACAAUAUGGAAUGGCUGUGUUCCAGAGUUUUAAAGGGAUUUUGGAGACCUUCUGUAAAUAUUGUCAGGACACGUUAUCAUGCUGAGAAACAGCAGCUAGUUAGAAGAUAUGGGUUUGAAGAAAAGAUAUGGUGUGGUGGUUUAUUACCCAGAUCUAAUGGACGUUGUUUACCAAUGCCUGAGUACAGACCUGCAAACCCCUGGACACAGAGGAAAGCAUUGUAUGGACAGAAUGAUUACAUAGAUAUUUUAGGAAAUAAAGGUUUACAUCCUGUUAAAACAUUGUAUACAAUUCCUACAUGGAUAAAAGGUGUCACUGGGAAUGAAUACCAUGUUAUGCUACGCAAGAAAAAAAUGCUUGCAUCAACGUCUUAUCCAAAAGUGAGGCCUACCAAAUGGAAGGAUUUAGAAAAACGUUUAAAAUACCUGUACAGAAGACUUAACCAAAAGACAAAAACUGGAAUGUCUCACAAUUAGAAUUACACUUUUCAAUGUUAUUGUUUUGAUUUUUGCCAUCUUGAAAUCUUUAGUACUUAGGAAUAAAUAUCUUUAACUUA